AUGGUAAAAACAAGACCAAAAAUUACUGCUGCUGCUGCCAUUUCUGGCAUUGAUCCCUAUACUGGUGAAAUUACGAAAAGUGUCAGAAAAAUUAACAAUUUGAUGGCUAAUCAUGGACGUACAAAGUAUGAGAUCCGAAGAUCAAAGAUCCAACAGGAUCUGUAUACUACAAAAGAAGAUGCUGUAGCUGCUUUCCAAGAUCUUGAUGUGAAGUAUCCACACUUUAUGGAUUCAGCCCAAAUUCUCCCUAGCAAGUUUUUUGUAAGCUUUUCCUCACCAGAAAUGCCUCAACGCAAUCUGCCUUUUGCCGACCAACCCAUCGCAACAGAUGUUACAUUCAAGGCCGUCCCAAAGGGGUGUUAUCUUUGCUCAAGUGUCAUAUACAUCGAGCAACUCCAAAAGCAUGUCGUCUUUUAUCAAGCGAUAAUCAAAAGCAACAGCGCUCAAGUUUUCAAGCAGUAUUUUGUUGCCUUGUUUAGAAAGUUCGACAUCAAGCUAGAGCAGUUUUUGGGAGCCAUCGUGGAUUUCUCAGCUGCACAACGCAAAGGGUUCAUACUAGCUCUUAAGGAGGUUUUUGAUGUCAAGCAGCACAACGCAUUGCCCUUUUUGAAAGGUUGCUAUAUGCAUUGGAUGCAGUCAGUCAGACGGCUGUCUAACAAUCAUCAAGUUGUCAAGCCAGAUGAUAUUGAUCUGUUUUUGAAGCUAGUUCAUCGCUUCCGUGCAACCAGCAAUUCAAUUGAAUUCUACCGUACCGGCCAAGAGAUUCUCUCUAAAUUUCCCAAUAGCAAAAAGUGGCUGCAAUGGUGGUUACAGCCUGGCAUUGAUGACAUUGCAGAUGGCAAUAUCAGCGAUGAGAGAUUCUUCCUUGAACUACUCUCAGAUAGUGAUGGUGAAAACGAUGAAGUAGACGACAGAUAUCAUAGAACCGAAAAUCUAGAAAACGACAUUAAGGAUAUGUUUAAAGGUGCUGGUGUUUCUGUCGAAGAUGUUGUUGUCAACUCUGAUGAGAGCUUCGAAUCGUCUGUUAUUGAUCUUGUAUCUUCCUCUUCGCCAAUAAUGAAGACCAAGUCUGAGCCUACUGCAUCUAAGAUGAGAGCACCAGCUGAUCCUGAUUUCUCGUUGUCUUCGUCUUCCUCGAACUUACCCUGUCUUGCAAUUCAACCUUCGCUUGAGAACGGCCCAUCUACCGCUGCUGGCUUCCUGUCGCCACAAAAAAGAACAUCUCUCUUGCAGAAAUAUCAGUGGCUCGUGAAAGAUUAUCAAAAUAACCAUCCAGAACCAUCUCUGCCCGUUCCCACCUACAUUGUGUCAAACGAAAGUAACUCCUGCUUCAUCGAUGCGUUUUUUGAGCUUCUGUUCAAUGCUGUCCUUCCAUUUGUGGAUAUGAUGUCUUUCGCUGAUGAAAACAACGCCUAUGGUUGUCUUCUCAUGAAUGCUUUUGAAUUAUAUUCUCAGCAAUCACCUUCUGGUAUCCGUGCUGCUACUUCUACUGUGAAGCACUUUGUUUGGAAUAUGACAGAAUACAAGCUUGUCUCUGGUGUUCGUCAGCUGGUUAAGUCAUUCCCAAAAGGUCGUCAGGGUGAUACUCUUGAUUUGGUGAGCAUGGCAUUGGAGCGUUUGUCGAGUGUCUUUGCCAGCAAGGUUUGCACAUUUCCAUCGUUGCAAUGUGAAAGAAAAGUGCCUUGCUCUGUGGAAAAAGCGCAUGCGUAUGCGAGAGAUGACUUUUUCUCAUUUAUCUACAUGCUCCCGACAAACGUCAUUAAUGAAUUGAGAGAUUGCCGUGGGGUUUUCAAUGAAGCGGCACUGGAUACGAAAUUCAAUGACUUGUUCAGAGAGAAGGUGCUCGAGGAACACCAAAAAGGAAGAUGCAACGCUCCAGGAUGUGAUGGAAUCUCUACAUCAUUCAGAUCAUUACCUCAAGAUAAUCAGUUUCCUAAGUUCAUGUUCGUACAAGAUGGUGCAAACUUUGUCCUUGGCAGAACAGCCGGAAACAAUGUCUAUAUGCCAACAUACAUCCACGUUUCGCAGAGCGUAAAAUAUAAACUGCACGGUAGAAUCUACUCGACUAGUUUUGAUGGUGUACACUUUUAUACGAGGUGUUAUAAAACAAUUGGUGAAAUUGUAUAUCUCGUGGAUAUUGACAAUUGGCAGCAACAACAAAUGAAGGUGCUCACCUCGGAUUUGGACGUAGCAGAGCGUCUUCUAAAAGAUAUUUCCAACACGGAAUAUGCAUGCUACAAAAGAGUAUAA